CUGGAAUGUUACAAUUGCAAGGUGACACAGACACCCCUGUGGCGUCGUACACUCGAUCGCAAGCAUUCAUUGUGCAACGCUUGUGGUUUGUACUACAAGCAGUAUAAUGGCCACCGCCCUCUCCAUAUCCGCCACAAGCCUUCAGUGAACCAAAAGCCAUCAUCAAAUACAACUCCCUCCAAUGGCCGCAAGUCACUCAUCUUUGACGAUGUGCGUUUCCAAGUGUUGGUUGACCACAUGCGACCCGUCCAGAUGCACGAGUUUUUGAAUAUCCUCGAGAACCGUUGCCAUGUCUUGCGUAAC